ACUCAGUCAUCUUCCAUUCGUCUUCAGUUGUUCAAUAAACAAACAACAACAAACAAACAACAACAAACAACAGGAAUUCUCAUCAUCACCGCAAUGUCGCAGGAAGAGCACUUUGGCGGCGGCGGCGGUGCGGGCGGGUCAGACGACGACGCCAACAACAGCGACGACGCGACGAGCAAUCCCUCGUUCCAAGAUCACGUCCAUCGCGACCCAGCAGCCCAUCCACAGCAGCAGGAGGAAGGCGAUGCAGCGCACACAACGCGCGAGCCAGUGCCACUCGCUGCCGCUGCCGAGGUCCGCGCGACCGUCACGCCCAUUGCAAGCGGUGGCGGUGGGUCGCGUCCGAGCAAUUUGCUGCUCUCCUUUGCCCCGUCGUCCCCGCUGACCCACGCUGCCCUGCUGGUGUACCUGCUUCAGCUGCGUACGGAAGCCACUGCCGCGAUCUCUGCUUGCGACGGCCUCCAACCGGGGGUCGCUGCUGCUGCUGCUGCUGCUGCUCCGGAGGCUUCGAUCGGCUCUGUGCUGUCCUCAGCUGUCGCUUCCACUGCCGUCCACGCAGAGGAGGUGGACGCUGCUAUUGGCAUUUGCCGGGCGCUGUCUGGCUACUCGGCCAUUGCCCACUCGCAGGCAUUGCACCACUCCUUGCCAACGGCAGAAUUUGAUGCAUUCUGCAGUUUCGCUCUGAGCGUGUGGACCAUUUCGCCCAACUUGAAAGGCAAAACCCUGCAAGAGCCAGUGCGUUAUCGUGUGUUGACCACGACAUCCAUCAUGCUUCUCUGGGCGCUGUCGCAUGACGCGAGCCCAUGCCCGUCCUCGAGCGCGACGGCCAUCGCGAGUCUUGCCAGCGCCGUUGCCAAGGCUGUGUCCUCGGGCGAGCUGAUGUGGGAGGAAGUACGAGAGUGGGAGCACGCAUGGGGCCGCAUUGGACUGCUGCUGCACAGGCAAGCGCUGAAUCUGCACCAGAGCUUCCAGGAGUUGGCGGCGCUCGUUCAGAUGGCUGCCAACGACGUGCACUACAGCACUGAUCCGAUCAAGUCGAUUGAGCUUUUGCUUGCCCAGCGAAAGCGAAUCCUACUGGCGAUUAAAAAGAUCAAAGGCCAGCCAUCGCCCGCUGCAGCCACUGCUGCCGCUGCAGCCGGAGGGUUGGCGUUGGGCGAGUUUGCCAACGAUGGCGGCGAUUCUCUCCUCCACACUGGUUCGUUGGAAUGCGUGCUGUUGGAUUACAUUAGUCUCUACGUGCUCGGGUCUUCCGACGCCAGCCGAGUGUGGCACGCAUGCUGGAGCGCGCGCGGUCGUCGACGCCUUCCAGUCCUCCUGCGCGGCAUCGAGACAAUCGCACGCUUGGGCGCUACGCAUCCCACGCAACUCGCUGCCAUGAUCAAAGGAACGCCCUCUUCCGCAGAUCUCAUCACCUUGGAGCAGCUGGCCUCGAGCGCCGAGCAACGCAAAGAGCAACGACCAUUCUUGCUCGAAAUCUUCAAGUCCAAAACGGUGUUUCCCGACUGGCAGCUCGUGCACAAGUUGGCUGUUGCGCUUGCCAUGCAACUGCACCACCCCAUCGCCGUGUGGGAGGGAUCUGUACUCGCGGCGUACGCGCGCCAAAUCGAUGCUGCUGGCCCAAGCCCCGACUGGCCCGAAGCAAAGCAGGUGCUUCAAAACCUUCGUACGCGCAAAGAAGAUGCCUUGCUUGCGCCAGCCGAGCUUGACGCCCUCAUCCGCGCGGCAGCCGCAGUCCCGCCUCCGACCGAUGCUGCCGUCGCACCGCUCGUCAACGUUGAACUAAAGUACCGUCAUCUGCAUUCGAAAACGAUUGACGUGUCCAUCUUCAGUCAGGACGUUUGCUCGCAAACGGUCGAGCACGCCGCCGACUGGUUUGCCCUCGUCAACCCGACCAGUGCGUCCACCCUUGAAGCUCUGGCGACGGUGUGCGACUACAUCAUUUCCCAACGAACCGUCGCAGCGACGAGCACUGACGGCGGCAGGGCGCUGGAUGCAGUCUUUGCCGUCAUGUUGGCCAAUUCCAUGCGCACUCUGCUGCCAGACCAGCGUCUUGCACGCACUGCCGCCAUCGUUCCCGUUUUGAAACGCCAUGCCAAGACACUUUUGGAAGGCACUCUGCCGACCAAGAGCGUUUCCGUCUUCUUUGACACGCUUUCAACGGCUCGACAACAGUCCAACGCGGCCGAACUGGCGGGAAUGCAGGCGAUUUUCACCGAGUUUUUGCGCCAAUGGAAGGCGCAACAGUCCUGCGCUGCGGAGUUGGUUCAGCUGGCUGUCCAGCAUGCUGCGACCACCGCUGCCCCGGAUGGCAUCCUCCUUCGCCUGGGCUGGCUGGUUGCUGGAGAUUCGUCGUCGAACAACCGCUUCCUUGGCCGUGAGAUUGUCGCACACCGCCAAGCCGGUGCGUACUUGCGCCAUCUCCCCGCGCUCUAUCCGUCAAGCGAUCAGGCUGUUUUGGGCAAGCUUGCAAAGCUUUGCGGCCUUGACAUUCCCAUGACGACGGCCGUGUCAGAGUCCCCAGCCCUCGCGGACAACGAGCUCAUCCGCUUUGCCCUGCAGGCCAAGCCUGCUCCCUGGUCUGCUGAGCUUUGGAUUGCGUUUGUCGGGGCGGCGAGCAUGUUCUGGAGUGGCGACUCUACUGCGCGCAUGUGCAUGGCCUUGGUUGAUCAACUCGUUGACAAGUUGCAAGGGCAGCAGCACGUGAGUGUCGUGUUGUCGGCUGUUGCUGCUGCUGCCAGGCAGUCUCGACGUGCGGCCACGCUGCUUGCCAACGGGCAGUCCGCGGCCGCUCCAGCCGAAGCUGCAACAACGGCCCACCAGCAACCACGGGCUGGCUACGACAGCUCCUUGCGCCACUGGCUGGCUGAUUUCCUCCCCUUGGAGGACGUCACCCGCGGCGGCGUGUCUCUCACCACGGAGGCCAUUACCAAAGGCGCAGAAGAGUCGAUGGCGGCCCCAGAGUCCCUCUUGGAGUUUGCGCAGCGUGUCGCAAAGCUCCGAAUCCAUCUGUACGAGCUGCGCUUCCCCGAGAAAUCGCUGGAGCAGGUUAUCGAGGAAUUCGAGCAGCAGAUGGUCACCUUGCCAGCCGCCGAGUUCAAGGUGAUUGUCGACCAGUUCCGUCUCAUCAAGGCGCAGUACAUGAGAGAUGCAGUGCACGAGUGGGAUGAGGCGCGCCUGCGAGCAGCCAUCCGCGCGCAUCGAGCUGCUAUUGCGCACGCCGAUGGGACGGGCCGGGGAGGCGCCGGACUGGCACCCGAUCUGGCCACGCGCUUUGACCUCACUUCGUUGGUGCUGAUUCGCGAAGCCAUUCGCAUCCACAAGGGCUACCGGCCGUACAAUACGCAGAUGCUGGUUGUGCUGAGCUUGCUCGCCACGCCGCGCAAGGGACGCCUUGGACAAGUCAAAACGGGCCAAGGCAAGAGCGUGGUGGUUUCCAUGCUUGCUGCGACAAUGGCCAUGCGCGGGCAUCCCGUCGACAUUGUCACGUCGUCAGUCUCGCUCGCUCGCCGCGACGCAAAGGAGAUGGCAGGAUUCUUCCACCUGUUUGACCUCAAAGUGACGCACAAUACCGACAAAAACCCCACCCACCAGCAAAACUAUGCCGCCGAGAUUGUGUACGGCGAUGCCUUCCAUUUUGAACACGCGCAGCUGAUGGACUCGUACGACUUUGAAACAGUCCGCACCCCGCGCCCUUACGGCAUUGCGAUUGUGGACGAGGUCGACUCGAUGCUCAUCGAUCGCGCGAGCUUUUCGACUCGCAUCAUUUAUCAAUCCGAGCUCUUUUACCGCGUGCAGUGGAUCUACCCCAUUCUCCUCCAGCUCAGCCAGGCCUCGCCGCCACCGUCUGCUGCGGACAUGACGGCGACCGUGCUGCAGUCCAAGCCCUUCAAGCAGUGCAGUGAUUUCAUCAAGGAGUUUGUUCAGAGCCAGCUGCCGUAUUGGGCUCGGUCGGCUGUGCGCGCCCGCCACUUGCAGCGAGCCAGAGACUACAUUGUUGUGCCAGAGGGGAUCAAGAUUGUGGAUUUCGAGCACACUGGCGAGAUUCACGAAAACAUGUUCCACAUGGCCAGUUUGCAUCAGCUGCUCGAGCUCAGAGAGGGCCUGAGGCCGUCGUUGGAUCGGCUCAUGGGCUGUCACCUGUCGCACAUCACGCUGUUCAACAAGUACACGCGCAUUCUCGGGUUGAGCGGCACUUUGGGUGACGAGACUGAGCGCAAAGAGCUGCUGGCCUUCUAUGAUCUCGACACGUUCGACGUCCCUGUCCACACCAUGGGCAAACUCGAUGUGCGGUCACCAGUCAUCACAGGCGGCCGUGUCGAGUGGUUUGACUCGAUUCAAGCAGAGAUGCUGCAACAGGCCAAGGUGGGACGGCCCGUUCUCAUUCUCUUCCGGAGCAUUGCCGAUUGCAACGAGUUCCACAAGAGCUGCAACUCGUUGACGUCGGGACUUUUGGCUGCACAAGACUCUGAAGGCGCCCUUCCCAUCCAGUUCCAACUCUUGAACGGUGUGCAAGCCGAGGAGGAGGAAGCUGUCGUGUCUCGCGCUGGCAAGGAGGGCGUCAUCACGCUGGCCACCAACAUGGCGGGUCGCGGCACCGACAUUCGCACGUGGAAGCGUGCCGAGGCGAACGGAGGCACGCACGUCAUUCUCACCUUCUUCCCUCUCAACGAGCGCGUCCAAGCUCAGGCGUUUGGCCGCACUGCCCGCCAAGGCAAGCAAGGUUCGGUUCGCUUUGUUCUCAACACGUCCGAUCUCUCCAAGCAUAUUUCCCAACUGCCCCCGCCGCUUCAAGCUCCGGGUGCUGCUGCAGCGGACGUUGUCGCCGGCCUGGCCGCGCUACGACUGGCACGCGAGCAGAUCAGUUCGCAAAUGCGUCUGCGUGUGCACGGUCCGUUGGCGAUCUGGCAAGAUUCGAUUGUCGAUCGCUUUUGCCAACGCAUGGCCGUUUGGAAGAAGAACACCAACUAUGACUCGCACGCCAUGGAUGGUGCGCGCGCUCAGUGGGUGACGUUUUUCUCUCUGCUCAACCUCGCCGUGAUUGCGGUUGAGGCCCACUCGGACGACCAUACGCAAGAUGCCGUCGCCAAGUCGGAGGGAGCCGUCAAAGAAUUCAUCCAGGAAAACGAGACCAAGUUUACCAACACGAUCAAUCAAAUCCAAAAGUCGCUCGAGAAGGGCGACGCCAUCAAAGACCCAAUCAUCAUGAUUGACAAAGCGUUUGGCCUGAUUGACGAUUCCUCGUACGAUGAGGCUGUGAGCGUGAGCUCGAACGCCAUCAAGGUGGACAGCGACUACUCGCGCGCCUAUUCUGCGCUUGCUACUGCGUACGCUUCGAUGCCCAACAAGCAGAGCAACGCCAAGAGCGCCUGGCAAAAGUGCGAGGCCGCGACCAAGCGCGCGCUGGAGAUUGAUCCCACCAACAGGGCAGAGUUGAUCAUGCGUGUGCUGGCGCUCAGGGCUCUGGGUCGUGGAGCAGAGGCGAAUGAAGCGCAAAACGAGGCCAUCAAAGCACUCACCACCAAGCAGUUGACCACGGAUCUUGCCCCUCCUGCUGCAAGCUCGGCCACCAGUCCGACAAGUUCCAGUCUCAACAGCCAAACAUACACCGACAUUUGCAAUGUCUGCUACAAGCUGGAAAGUGUGGCGAAUAGCGGCGACUUGCGAAAGGACCUGCUCGAUCGUGCCAUCAGUCUGUCUCCCACUCCAGAAUGGGCCCUCCGCUUGCGCGCCCGUUGGCACAUUAAGCGGCAUGAAGUCACCAUGGCGCUCCAGGACCUUGAUCGCGCACUGCUGUGCAAACCGACGGCCGAGCAGCUCAAGUUUAUCGGCAUGACGCGCAACUGGGCGUACAGGAAGCAGGGAACGAUCAUGGCCGACGCUCAGCGCUACCCGGAGGCCAUCGCCUGGUUUGCAGGCGCCUUCCAGUUCCAUCCCGCCACCUCUGGGCAUCUGGUUACGCUGUCAUUCUACCAUGCCAAGGCAGGGAACAAGGCUUUGGCGUACACGAUCGCGUGCGACGCAGUGCGCCUGAAUCCCAAUGAUGAUGAUGCGUAUGUCAACAGAGGAGCGUACGGUGCCGCGGCGGGCGUGCCGGUGCACCAACGACGCGCAGACUUCCUGAAGGCGCUCCAACUCAAUCCCAAGAAUGAGCUUGCGCGCAGCAACCUGCGCUCCCUGAAUUAACAGACGUCUGCAUUGUUGUGUUUGUUUUUGUUGUUGUUGUGUGAUCAUUGUUGUUGUUGUUUGUCAUGUAGUAAUGUUUUAUUCAAAGCUAAAAAAUCUGGUUUGUUUUGUGCA